AUGGCUCUCAGUAGCUCUCUGGUGCCUCCUCUGUGGAAGUGCAGUGGAGGCAGAGGGUGUCCCCCUCUGCUGGUCAGCACCAGGAAGUUCCUGCCCAACGAGAAGCGAGCGCGACGCAGAGAGUAUAGCUCCGACAGAGGCAACGAGAAGGCCCACUCCCCUGGGAAGAGAGGAGAGAAGAGUGAGGAGAGGAGAGAGGUGUCCUGUUGGGUUGUUGUGCUCUUGAGCACUGACCUGAGUCCUUGGAAGGUGCUGGUUCUCUCCUCUUCACGGUGCUGA